CACAUAACCCUAACGAGGAGCUGCGCGUCUACAGUUAUAAGCAGUGUGAUACGGUUGGAUCAGUCUCAAGGCCAAUCUCUCCAGCAGCCAUGCCUCGCAUUGAAAAUGACAUCAAACUUGACUUCAAGGAUGUGCUGCUUCGACCCAAGAGGAGCACUCUCAAAUCUCGCAGUGAGGUGGAUCUCAUGCGCAGUUUUACAUUUAGAAACUCAAAGGGCAGUUAUCGUGGGAUUCCCAUUGUUGCUGCCAACAUGGACACAGUGGGGACGUUUGAAAUGGCCUUAGCUUUACAUCAGUUUAGCCUCUUUACAGCCAUGCAAAAGCAUUACGGUGUUGACGACUGGAAGGAGUUUGCAGCCAAGCACCCAGAAUGCUUAGAGAGUGUUGCAGUCAGCACAGGGACGAGUGAAGGGGACUUUGAGAAACUGGGGGCCAUUGUUGCCGCUGUGCCUCAGAUUCGGUACAUUUGUGUGGAUGUAGCCAAUGGCUACUCUGAGCACUUUGUCAACUUUGUAAAAGACGUGAGGCAAAAGUUCCCCACGCACACUAUCAUGGCUGGUAACGUGGUCACGGGAGAGAUGGUCGAAGAGCUGAUUCUUGCUGGGGCUGACAUUAUCAAAGUGGGCAUUGGACCAGGCUCUGUGUGCACCACUCGUAAGAAGACCGGUGUGGGUUAUCCUCAGCUAAGCGCCGUCAUCGAGUGUGCUGACGCUGCUCACGGCCUGGGUGGACACAUCAUAUCUGAUGGGGGAUGUACCUGCCCAGGUGAUGUCUCCAAGGCUUUUGGGGCGGGAGCUGAUUUUGUGAUGCUUGGAGGAAUGCUGGCUGGUCAUUGUGAGAGUGGAGGUGAAGUCAUAGAGAAAAAUGGCAAGAAAUACAAGCUGUUCUAUGGCAUGAGCUCAGACACGGCCAUGAAGAAGCACGCAGGAGGCGUAGCAGAGUACAGGGCAUCUGAGGGUAAAACAGUUGAAGUGCCUUAUAAAGGGCCCGUGGACGUGACGCUGAGAGACGUUCUGGGUGGAGUUCGCUCCACCUGCACUUAUGUGGGCGCUGCUAAGCUGAAAGAGUUGAGCCGUCGUACCACCUUCAUUAGGGUGACCCAGCAGCUCAACACAGUGUUCGGUAAUGAUAAUUGAGACAUGUUGGUCCACAUUGGGCCAACUGAUGCCAAAUCCAUGCGAAGGUCAUUUUAUCCUGGGUGCGGUCAAGUAGGCACACAUGCAUGUUCACAUACGCACACACACACGGUCAUUUAACAUAAUUUCUGUCGUGUUUUGUUCGUUUUUGUUUGUCUGUUUAAACUCGGUCUUGGAGGGCCGGUGUCCUGCAAAGUUUAGUUUCAACCCCAAUUAGACACACCUGGGCUAGCUAAUCAUGCUCUUACUAGGCUUUCUAGAAACAUCCUUGCAGGGGUGUUGAGGCAAGUUGGAGAUCAAAUCUGCAGGACACCGGCCCUCCAGGACCGAGUUUGGACACCCCUGCCUUAGAUCAAACACCUCAUAUAUUAUCCAGAUAACUGGGUACUAUUUUAGACUUUGUUGUCAAUUUGAAACGAAUGUCUCUCUACGCUCAAUGUCUUACAUUCAGAUACUUUCUGAUUUCAUAAUCAUUCCUGGACCAACUCAGAUCUUUAAAGGGUUAUUAAAGUAUUAGCAGUCUAUUAUAUUACAUGAUGACCAUUAUAUAUUAGCAGUUUAUAAUAUAGCAUAUAUUUAAAAACCAAAGCCAAGUUGUUGUUUUCAAUGCUUUUAACAUUUCCUCCAGCGUCGUCUAUGUUACAGAUGCAGCGUUAAACAAUCUUUAAGUCUUAAUCUGUUUUUGUCACAGUAUUGGCAUGAUUUGAUGCAUUUGAGCCUGGUUUGAACAUUAGACAGCUUUUAUAGUAGUUUGCUUAACUGAUGAUUAACUUUAAUUUAAUUUAAUUUGUAUCUUUUUUGCUAUUAUAUACUGUAGUUCAUACGUUUGACAUUCCUUUGUGUCCUAAUACAUUGUCAUUAAUGUUGCUUGGGCAGAUUUAAUUUGACCUAUAUUGAACUUUUAAUGACGAUGAAUCAAAUUUUGUUCGUAUAUUCGGGCGUUUAGCAUUCCUGUGUUGUUUUGUGGAAAUAAAUGAGUUGGAUAAUCA